CUGGGCCAUGCUGUGAAAUUUAUGAAAGUUGCAACUUGCACUUGCAGUACAAAAAUGUAUUUCUUCCCAAUAUAUUGCGUUUAAAUUCAACAGGAAAGACAAAUUUGGAUAGGCAAUCGUAUCUACAUGUAUGAUGGCUGAGCCAGAAGCAGGUCCUGCAGAAAGGGAAGUGACAAAUCUCCGCUUUCAUCAGCUCACUCGUCUGCGGAUAUUUGACAAGAAACCAGAGACACUGACGCCUCAGCAACGAUGUCAGUUAUUGGCCGUCUCCAGUAAAUAUGGCUUCACGUUUGUAGGCUGUGAUACAGGUUUGAAGAUCCUGAAAACUGCCGACAUCAGCAAACUCAGUGACCAACACCAGGAUAGUCCUAACACUGCAGCUAAAGAUUACCCAUGCUUGAAGGUCACACUGAGCGCUAACGCUCAACCCGUGAACUUGGCAUUGAGCCCCGAUGAUCUCAUAUUGUCAGUAUGCUACAUGACCGAUAGUGGCCUCUUGAUGGCGCUGUUUGACGUCCGGACUCUAGUGUACAAGAGCAUCAAUGCAAAACCGUUCGCCACGGCAACCCUCUCCAAGGAGACAGACUGCCAAUUGGUCAACCUUCUCUGGAAUCCAGGCAACCCAACCUUCUUUGCCACAUGCCUGUCAGACGGCAACCUGGCAUUGUGGGAUUACUCGGGGGACAGCUUGCAAAUGACUUAUCUGCUACCUAGUGAUGUUGAGCCAACCGCAAUGUGUUGGAGCCCCAAGGGCAAGCAGAUCGUUGUAGGGACGUCAUCCGGUAAACUGAUUCAGUAUAAUCUGAAACUAGAGCAGAAAAAGCUGAUAUCCCCUCCAGACUUCAGUGAACCAACCAAAGUUGUGGAUAUACUGUGGCUGUCCACCUACGUCUUUGCCGUGGCCUACAUUGAUGCUGAAGAGACCCUUCAACCAAACCUCACCAUUGUCAAUGCACCUAAAGAAGGCCGGCCAACCUAUUCCAACUUUGAAGACGUGUGUUACGGCAGCGGGGAAACCAGGACUGCACAGUACCAACUGCUAAAUGCUGGACUGCUGGAGAAAUGGAGUUUCAUACUAGCCACGUCCAGCAACUCUAUGGAAGCGGCCGUGAUUGGUCAGUCGCGAGAGGACAGAGCAUCAUGGGAGAUCUGGACGGUGGACGACGCAGCCCGCAUUGAGAUGCCCCUGAGUGGGGACGAUGAGGACACAUUCCCUAUGGGAUUAGCACUGGACCUAUCAUCAGAAACAGAUGUCAAAAUUGGAACGACGAAUUACCAAGCCCCUCCGAUCGUUAUGGUACUGUCCACCGAGGGUGUGCUGUGUCCAUUCUACAUUCUGAAUUCUGAUGCAACAGUGCCCAUCACCAGCAAGGCUGAACCAUUGCCUCGAGAGGGGGAGAGAGUUGCAAGUGGGCAAGCGGUAGGCCUACCUAGUCAGACUCAAGCCAGCAAGCCAGCAGCUGCUCCAGACACAGCAAAGCCGACUACAAGUUUCACAGCCGCCCUCCCCAUCCACAAGUCCUCCAGCACGGGUAGUUUCCCCCUCGGUUCCUCCUCCUCCUCCUCCUCUACCCCCACUGGCUCUUCCGAUCGCAGUGCCAGUUUCUCCUUCGCUGGCCCAAAACCUCUGGGUAGCCCUGCGGCGCCCAGCUUCGUUUCCGGCGGGAUUUUCAACAGACCUGAUGCAGGUGGUAGCGGCGGUAACGCUUCCUUCAUGUUUGGUAAGACGGCAGACGGCAAGAGUGGAAGCGCGUCGUUCCUACCGCCCAAGCAAUCCCCUGCUAGUACGAACCUGGCCCCAACGACACCUUCUCCUGGUGCUGCUCCUUUCCAAUUCAAGGUUCCCGGAGCCCAAGACACAACAGAGAAAGGCUUACCUAUCCAGCAACCGGCAUCAGCCCAAGCCACACCCCAGUUCAGAUUGCCGGGCCAAUCAGUAUCUAGUGUCUCGCCAUUGGCAUCUGGUACCCAGAAUUCCACUGCUCCAGCCUCUGCAUUUGCUAUCACUCAACAGAAGACUGCUUUAGAUGCUGCAAGCACUUUUGGUGGUGGUGGCAUGCUGCCACAAACAGAUAGUGUUAAGGCCUCCGGCUCAGCUCGAUUUGGCCAGCCACAGCCUGGACAAGUGCCUGUUUCUGGGAAGCCUGCCCCUAGCCAAGCCCUCCCCACAGCACAAACUGCCCCUCCACCGGGGGGUGCCCCACCAAAUCAGAUUGCUCCACCUCGUACCGGCCCGGCCCCUAAUCAAGUCACUCCAGGCUUUGCCCAAAACCAAAUCGCCCCACGCUUUGCCCCAAACCAAGUCGCCCCUGGUGCGCCCCCUAACCAAGUUGCCCCUCAGCAGGGUUACCCAUAUCAAGUCGCACCUCCUGGUGCCAUUUCUAAGCCCCCUCCCCCGGCAUACAGUGCCAGCCAGCCUCAGCGUCAGGCUGUGCCAGAGACCAAACCACCUCCCCCUGUGCAAGCACCAUCUACUGAAGCAUCUACUGCAAGGACUGGAGGCCGAACCAGAGGGAGUGGUUCCAUCGAUGCUACUCAUGUGGAGGCAGCCUGUCUCUCCAACAUCAGUGCAGAGAUGGAGCAUCUAACGAAAGAGUUGGCAGAGCUACAAAGCCACACUAGGAGGACGCACUUCAGAGUUGGAGAGCGCUCAGAACAUGAAUACAUCAAGAAGAACACCGAUGACUUAGUCAAGUUUAGAGCUGAAGUACGGGUUGUAACUAAGUCUCACAAUGAGGAAAUCCAUGAACUGAAGAGCAAGCUCCUGACUACCUUCGCUCAGUGUGAGGACGCCCGCACCUUCAAACAGCGCAACAGCAACCCGCGCUACCUGCAGCUGCUUCGCAUACGAGGACUAGACCCACAGACGUCACAACAGCUACGAAAUAUACAAAGCAACUAUCACUACCUGGAAACGGGGCUUGGGGAUGUGAACGGAUGCCUGGAUGCCCAGUGGGAGGAGUUCCAUCAAAGGAAGAGCCGCAGAGAAGGCAGGAAGCUCGGUACCCCAACAAUGGACACCAUCUAUCAGACCCUGAGUCAUCACUACAACAUCAUGAUCGCCCAGCGAGGCAAACUGGAGGAAUUGAGACAGCAGUUGAUACAAGCAAGACGUUAUGACAUCACUAAGGCACCGUGGGAGAAAGGCAUACUAGCCUCACCUCCAGACAGGUCUGGUGACCUGACUUCUCUUGCUGCUAAACUAUCAAGUACUCGGAUUGCAUCCCCUGUCAAGGCCAUAAGCACACCAGUUUCCAGCAAGAAACAAGCCCAGUUGAGAAAGGCUCUGUCUAGAAGAGCCACGACCCCAAGACGCACCGCAUCCAGAGUGGAUAUAUCCCUCAUUGAUUCCCCAGCCCCAAGCCACGGGUCUCAUGAAAACCUCUACCCGGUCUUUGCCAACCGUCGCCUUCAGUACCAAGACGAGGAAUCCACAGUGGCACAGCCGGCUAGCAGAGAGACUCGCGAUGCAGCAGAUGCCCCGUAUAUCCGGACAGUACCAGGCUUUGUCCAGGCUAGGCUGGGAAGUGGAAUCAUGGCACCGGCGGGUUUGGCUAGCCGGCGGCAGGAAGGGAUGGAAGUUAGGAGCAGUGCAGCCGUGGAACCGAAGCAACACACACCAGUCUCACCCACUGAAUCACCACCGGCAUACCCCGAACCACCUCCCCCCUCCAGCCAGCCUCUCCCUGCAGCCACCACGUCCCCUUCUAGUUUCACCCAUUCUGGGCGUGGCACGGUCGUCUGGGGUACCCAGACAACCCCCUUGAAGACCCCACCUGCGACCAGAUGUCCACCCACGAGCGCGAUGCUGAGGAAGGGAGUUGAGAAACAGCCCGAGUUGCCACCGGUCGUGAACAUCAAGAAUCUGGAUGUCAGUCAGAGUACUAGGCUUCCACCACCAGUGAGCUUUGCAACUGUAAAUGGCUCUGUGGAUGCAGGCACCGUCAAGGUAGUCAAUCAAGUCUUAGCUGAGAUGGCAAAGACCAGUGGUUACUCCCAGCCAGAAGCAAGCGAGCAGACAGCGGAAAGAAAGAUCAGCUUUUCAGACGAGCCUCCACCCAUCGUCCAACCUGUCCCUCCCUCCAUGCCAAUAUUAAUUAAAGCAGCCGGCGGUGGAUCAACUGCGUUCAGCUUUGGUGCCUCCAAGCCCCCUGUGGUCCAGUCAUUGCCUGCCAACGCAUCAGCUAUCCCACCAGCUGCCACCACAUCACCACCAACAUUCGGUGGAUCCAACACCGGUCUUGGGCUGACGUUUGGCGGGUCUGGUUCUAUGUUUGGAGCAAAGAAAGAAGACUCCUCAACUUCGGUGUCCACCGCAACCCAACCAGGCUUGUCUAGUUUUUCUUUCGCCGGCGGAGUUGGAUCAGCGAAAGCAACCAUCGCCAGUUCAACUGCACCAACAGCGACGUCCGCCUUGCCAGUUAUGUCCGACACGGCCUCUUCGAAGCCAGUGUUUGGAGGAGCAAGUUUUACGACCUCUGCAGCCAAGACCUCAACAAGCUCAGGCUUUUCUCUAACAGCUCAACCAGCAUCUAGUGUCGGAGCCGGUGGGUCAUCGGCAGCAACUGUCCCUGGGGUCAAACCCAGUCUGUUUGAUUUCAAGGAUCAGAAAUCUGCUGCAAGCACCAGCACUCCUGGGGGAUUCUUUGUGUCUCCAGCAACCAGCUCUCUGAAAGAACCAAUUCAAGACAAGCAGGUACCGGAAGCGACAACUUCGCCAGCAACCACCAUCUCUUCGACUGAAGCCUCAACUUCCAAACCGACGUCUAACCUUAACUUCAGUGUCAAAUCACUCAUCACCAUGCCUCCAGCAGCCCAGGCCCUACAACCCACCCAGGCCAUUCGACCUACCCAGGCCGUCCAACCCGCCCAGCCCACAGGAUCUGUAGCCCCCACGGCUAGCACCAGCAAUGCUGGUGGGGUCCGUGAUGCCGGCAUCAAGCAGUUUUCUGGGAUGGGUAUGCAGCCCGCUGUAAGCGCUGCCCAGGGAGGGUUGAAACAGCUCCUUGUUGGAGAAGACGAAGCAGGCACCGGUCUAGCCAGUAAACCUCAAUUCACUGGGUUUGCAUCUUCCGCCGUCAGCCAGACAGUGGGGGAAGAUGAAGCUGGCACUGGUAGACCAGCUGCCGCUAUCGAAGCCUCUGACACCUACGACAAUGCACCACCUGCAGCAGCACAGCCAACAACUUCUGCAGCGACUACUGCAUCAGGGCUGUUUGGCAAGCCAGUGGCAACACCAACUGACGGCACUUCAGGCAGUUUGUUUGGAGCAAAAACAGCAUCUGUGGCUCCUUUUGGAAUGGCAGCAACAACUGCAGCUACUGUGGCAACGCCAGCGACAUCAGGAAGUGCAGCUGGGUUUAGUGCGCCAUCCUUUGGAGCCGCCCCAUCUGCCGGACUUUUCGGAGCUCCCAAGUUUGGAGCGAGCACCCAACCAUCUGUCUCCUCCCCGACUGCAACUACAGCAGCUACCAGCACCGCGGCAGACAAGCCCAAGAUGCCUUCCACGUUGUUCGGUCUCCUCAAAGAAGAUCAGCCAACAUCAUCUGCUUCUGGCUCCCCAUUUGGAGCAACGACCUCAACAGCUUCUAGCUCGGUCAGCAAGAACUUAUUCGGCCAGCCCACUUCGACAAGUGCCUCCCCUUUUGGCCAGUCUACCACUACGUCCAGUGGGAUUUUCGGUCAGUCGGCCACAUCAGCGUCCAGUAGCAGUGGACUUUUUGGCAAGCCAGUCUCCAGAUCUACAGGACAGAUUUUCGGACAAGCAGCUACAUCAACCAGUACCGGUGGCGUUUUUGGACAGCCAGCGGCAACCACUGGCGUUUUUGGACAGCCAGCUGCAACGAGUAGCGGUGGGAUAUUUGGACAGUCAUCUCCAGCCGCCUCAUCUCCCUUCCAGCAGGCAGGUUCUGGGUCGGGGGGAGUCUUCGGAACAUCAUCAUCAGGCCCAACUUUCGGGCAACAGUCAGCAGGAGUGUUUGGGAGACCAUCUUCUGCGGGUCCCACAUUUGGUCAAAGCCCCUCUGUCUUUGGUCAGACACCAGCAGCCACCCCCUCCAGUAGCGGUAUUUUUGGUGGUAGUGCAGGUGGCGAUGGAGGAGGAGGGUUUUUCAGUGGUCUUGGUGGUCGUCCUAAUCCCGAGGCAGCUAGAUCGAACCCAUUUGGCUCACCAGCCGUCUCUGCACCUGGGUUUGGUGGCUCAUCCACUGGUGGUUCAACUCUGUUUGGUAGUCAGGGUGCUUCAACCUUCGGAACUGGGACAGCGUCUUCACCUGCAGGUUCUGUAUUUGGCGGUGGUUUCAGCAGUCCGGAGGGUGGCGUGGCCAAGGCUGGCUUUGGUGGCUUCAAUCAACCACCUAGUGCAUCAGCUGGUGGUUUUGGGAGUCCUCCAGCCUUUGGUAGCACAGCGGCAUUUGGCAGCACGCCCGCAUUUGGGGGUUCAGCAUUUGGAUCCUCGGGGGCGGGGCAACCUUCCCCCUUCGGGCAGGCCUCUGCCUUCGGAGCUGGGGCGCCUCAAGCGAGUGGUGGCAUGAGUGGGGGUUUUAGCGGGUUCGCCUCUCAGGAAACCCCAACGUUUGGCGCUCUAUCCGGCACCGGCACCAAGCCCCAGCAGAGUGGCUUAGGAGGGUUCGGAGCGGGAUCAAGUCAGUCAGGAUUCGGUGGAACUGGUUUUGGUGGUGGUGGUGGUCAGAGUAACAAUACAUCCAGUGGAUUUGGGGGUUCUUCGUCGUUCACUCAAUAUCGCUGAAAUCUACCCCGGCCUGACCCUGAGAUGCCCCAUGAUGCUGUAGUAGGCCUCGCACAGCAUUCAACAAGCUUCGUAGAAAAGCUGAGUUAACAUAUGUUCACAUAAUUUGUUGUUUACUUUGGUUUGUUUACGUUUACAGAUUUUAGAGGAAAAUUGCAUUGCAGUUCUGUUUUUGAUAAAAACAAGGGCAGUGAAUAAUAUAGUAUUUGUUCUGGGAACGCCAUACAAUUUACAAAUUCCCUGGAAAAAAAAUCGGAGGUUUGUAUUUUUUUUGUAUGAAUGCCAUUGUUUCAAGUGCUGACAUGCACUUCCAACUUUGUGUUUUAAUGUAAGAAAAGUAGAAGCUACGAAAUCAGUAAAAUUACACGUUUGCCGGAAAAAGACCUGCAAUGCAUUCUUCUCCAUUGCAAUGCACAUCUUCACCUGGAUUUUACUGGUGUAUGGACAUAUGCAUGCUGUCUUACGUUACUUAGUUAUUUUAAUGGUCUCACUGCUCAGACACAAUAGUAUUUAACAUAAAUAUGAAAUCAAGGCAAGAUUUUUUAGAUAUACCAUACUGUGGUGCUACAGCAAUGCAGAAAAGCUUAAAUAAAAGAGAACAUUUCUCAAGUCUAAAACGGGCUUAAAAAUUGGGAUUCUUCGAUCAUACAGAAUCCCUCUCUAGGAAUGCUGAGCCUGCUUGCCUUCUCAAGAGAAACUCCUUACCCUUGCCAAAAAAAACACCAAAAAAAACCACGUAGAAAUCAGAUAUUACCUGGAUAUUUCCUGCGAUUAAUUUUUGUGCCACAAAAAGGCAGAACCCUCCAACACUAACGUUAAAUUUGAGGAAAUUUGUUUGCGUGUUUUAGUCUUUGCCAAGUUGGAGUUUACACAAGGAGCUGCUUUGAGGGUCACUUCCACAAACUUGAAAGCUUAGGGUUUUUGUCAUUGCUCCGGAUAUCCAAGAUUUCACGGCCAUAGAUAGGCAGCAGCUGGCUAUCACAUCACUAUCAUUAAUUGGGGCUCCUUAAUCUAGUCUGGUUUACGCUGCUAAGCUGCUAGUUGUGAAGCCAUCAGUAUUACUCAGCUGUUCUGCUGUCGGAGUCUUGACGGGUGAACAUACUUUAAUUUUAUCAUCACUGGAGGAGAAAAGGUCCUUGCCAUUUCACUGUCGGCAUAAUUGUGUUAGAACCUUGACAUCACCACAUAUACUCAUACUAGAAUUGACAAGUGUGACAUUUUGGUUCUGUGUCACACAUAAGGGCAUCAGCACUGUCAUUCUUGCUUUUCCUCUACGGUCAAAGAUAGGUUUGUCAGAGUGCAGGCAUGGUAAAAAAAAAAAUGUUUAACCUAACUCCCUAGGCCUUUUUGCUAGGAUGUAGCCUCAAUCCUGCAAAAUCCUCCAAUUGGCCUCAUGGAAAAAUAG